CACCCGUCCCGAACACACCCACAGGUUCGAACAUGGCGAGCGAGUCGGAGUACUCCAAGUUUACGCCGCGUGAGAACAAGCGCAAGGCCCCGCUGCAGCCGCAUGUCGACCUCGAUGCCAUGCGGGCGCCACCGACCUUCUGGGACCGCAUUAUGAGCCAGCCGCUGGUUCCCGGUUUGAUGCUCACGACGGCACUUGUGCUGGGCGCCGGGAUGUGGUCGUUCAAGACCGGGCGGGCUCAGCUGUCGCAGAAUUUGAUGCGGGCGCGUGUCGUGGCGCAGUUUGCUACCAUCGGCGCGCUGGUGGCUGGCUCGUACACGAUCGGGUUCGGAACAGGCGACAGCGGUGAUGAGGCAGGACGCAACGAGUUUGAUGCCAAGGCUGUCGAGUCCGACGACUACCACGGUUAGAAGCUGGCUGUUUCGGCUAAGCGUCGGCCGGGAUGACCGAGACGGCAAAGACAAAGACGUCGCCGAGCUUGACCUGCAUGCCGUGGUCGACAAAGGCAAACGAGCCGCGCUGGACCGGAAUCCAGGACGCGCCCGCUGGGCUACCGGACGGAGGUGCCACGGCACACGGGACCGCGGCAUAGUUGGUGAAGAUGUAGCGGCCAAGGAGUGACGAGAAGUAGAACGUGGCAUGGAGCGACUCGAGGUCGUCGACGGUGGCGUGCGCCAGCUUGAGGGCUGCGACGUCUUCGGGCACGUCGGCCUCUAGGCAUGCGCCAAACGAGGUGCCUGGAUAGUGAACGCCCAUGGUGGUCAUCCCCAUAAAGGUAGCGCCGUUGACAA